CCUGCAUUUCACAAAUACCUGCCUAACAGCUCCUAAGACCUCCCAAACCAGCAGUCACCACCUCUCUUACGACGAAUUCCUUGCUAGCCGUAUAUUUGAUUUAUUUGACGUUGCGACCAUGUCUAGGCGGCCUCCAAAUCCCGCAGCUGAGCGGGCAGCUCAGAAUCAACUGACUAUCAAGAGCCUCCUGAAAUUAGAAGCCAACAAGAUAUGCGCCGAUUGCAAGCGCAACAAGCACCCGCGCUGGGCGAGCUGGAACUUGGGCGUCUUCGUCUGCAUCCGCUGCUCGGGCAUUCAUCGAGGGAUGGGCACCCACAUCAGCAGGGUGAAGUCGGUCGACUUGGAUUCUUGGACAGACGAACAACUACAGAGCAUACUCAGCUGGGGCAAUGCGCGUGCCAACAAAUACUGGGAGGCAAAACUGGCCGCCGGCCACGUUCCGUCAGAAGCGAAGAUCGAGAACUUUAUUCGAACAAAGUAUGAGCUGAAGAGAUGGGUGAUGGAGGGCCCAAUGCCGGAUCCAUCCAGCCUCGAUGCCGACGGUGACGACGACAUCCCAUUGAGCGUCGUCAAAGAGAAGCAAAACCUCGAGCGGCGAGAGUCAGUACGAAAAGCUUCUAUCGGCCAGGCAGCAGCCGCUCGUCCUGUUGCGCCGCCCCCUACUGAUCUCAUGGGAGCGGACCCUGUUCCUCAAAGACCGAGUACCACCGGUCCAUCCGCUGGGCAGGUACCGGCCAAGGCUCAACCCGCUCCUCCAAAGACAACAAGCACAAAGGACUCCCUUUUGGGACUCGACUUUCUUGGCACAGAAACAACGGCGCCCCCUCGGCCUGCGAGUACCACCGGCACCACUGGAGCGAGUGGUCAAUCGCGGCCCGAUCUCAAGCAAUCCAUUCUCUCUCUGUACGCGACAGCUCCUCGACCGCAGCCUCCCCCGCAGCAGGUGUCCCAUUCGCCGUCUCAUUCGUUCGGGGCAUUGCAGUCGCCAGGCCAGCAAACCCAAGGGUCAUUUGGUGGGGGACUCAAUGAUGCUUUUAGCAGCCUGAGUUUCGGAGGCCAGUCGCAAGCCAAGUCUCCACAAAGAGAUGCCUUCGCCGGCCUGGGCGGCCUCAGUAGUAGCCGACCAACCCCUCCGACCAACAACCCUACUUUCCCCAGCUUGAGUGGCGGUUCUUUCUUUGACCCGAAGCCAACGCCCCCUGCCUCGGCACACGAGCCAAGGCAGUCUAUGGGGAGCCCGGGCGCUUUUGGUUCGCUCGCAUCUCCAACAGCGCCUGCUGCUCCCAAACUAGCCCCUGUCCCAGCGUCGUCAGCCCUCGGGGAUCUGUUCGAUUUCUCUUCAACAGCACCACAGCCGAGCAAGCCUUCACCCCCGGUCGCGACGACUGCCGCGACGAACUCGGUGUUUAACCUUUCCGCAAACCAAACCAAGGCUCCAGAACCAGUAGUAGCUAGCACCAUUGCUUCGACAAACAGUAACUGGUCCAACGCAGAUAUAUGGGGUGGCAAUGCAUGGACGACUACCGAGGCUCCGAAGAAAAGCCCCGAGAUCCUGAAGAGUCCUGGAACUGCCCCGGCGAACAGCUUCGGCUGGGGGGCUCCUACUAACCCGCUCGCAAAUCAGAGUAUUGUGCCAGGCGCGUCAGGGGGUUUCGCAACCAAAGUAGCUGCUGAUGAGGAGUUUGGUGGUUGGACUAGCGGCACCGGCGCGAAGGGCGGGGAAUCGUCGAAGCCGGCUGGGGCAUUUGGAACUGGCGAAGACUUGUUCUCGAACGUGUGGGAGUAGAAGGGGGAAUGGAGACACCAUGCUGAAUAGAUCUGGCGGUGUGGCACCGUUUUGAUAGCAGGCGGCCGACUGGCAACUCACGAGGAUGGAUGGGAUGGAUGGGAUGGAUGAAAGAUGGCGGGUGUAGUGUAUGGUCUAUAUACCAUAGACCACACACAACCUGAAAUAACAAGUCUUCCCCUCAGAGCACGACCCUGUCCACCCGCUCAGGAAUAACCAAACCCAGCCUUAACUCCAAU